AUGGCUUCCGACAAUAGAUCAGACUCACCAUCCUCAGUAUCUUCAAACGCCUCAGCCUCAGCCUCGGCUUCUUCAUCGGCUUCAAGUUCUCAUUCAUGGACGUCUUUUCUCAAAUCAAUUGCAUCAUUUAAUGGUGAUUUAUCUUCACUAACUGCGCCACCAUUUAUAUUAUCUCCUACUUCGCUCGUGGAGUAUUCCCAGUAUUGGGCCGAACAUCCCGAUUUGUUCAUUGCACCUAGCAAGUUGACUGUCUCCGAAGACGCAGAAGCUAGUACAAUUGAUGCCAUGAAUUUGAAGAGGGCUAUUGCUGUUACCAAAUGGUUUAUAUCUACAUUGAAAUCCCAAUACUGCUCUAGAAAUGAAAGUAUGGGAAGUGAAAAGAAGCCAUUGAAUCCAUUUUUGGGGGAAGUUUUUGUUGGGAAAUGGGAUAGCGAAGAGUUGGGCGAGACCAUCUUAUUGAGUGAACAGGUUAGUCACCACCCACCAGUAACUGCCUAUGCCAUUAGGAAUGACAAGAACAAUGUCACGUUGCAAGGAUACAAUGGAAUCACAUCCAAGAUUUCUGCUACUUCCAUCAAUAUUAAACAAUAUGGGCACGCGCUUUUAGAUUACAACAACUUGAAAGAAAGCUACUUGAUAACAUUGCCACCUUUGCACAUUGAAGGGUUGAUUACUGCAUCACCCUUUGUUGAGUUGGAGGGAACGUCUUAUAUACAAGCCUCAAAUGGGUACUUUACAGUCAUAGAAUACAGUGGUAGAGGUUGGGUUUCAGGUAAGAAGAAUACUUUCAAGGCAAGGAUAUACCGCGACUCCUUUUCCAGCUCCUCAAAGGAGAAUGCCUUGGUCACAAUACAAGGUCAAUGGUCCGGUAAGUCAUAUAUCGACAAAGGCUCAGCAACUCCUACUUCCAAAACUGGUGAGUUGUUCUAUGACGCAAAUGCAUUGAAAGCCCUCCAUUUGACAGUCAAGCCAAUUGAAGAACAAAAGGAAUUUGAGUCGAGAAGAGCUUGGGAAAAAGUAGCUGAAGCAAUUAAGAAGCUGGAUUACAAUUUGAUCGCCGAGGAAAAAUCGAAGAUUGAGAAUGAGCAAAGAGAAUUGAGAAAGAAGGAAAAGGAAGAAGGAACCAAGUGGCAAACAAGAUGGUUUGAUAUUGUUGAUUACAGCAACCGAUCUGAGGAUACUAAUUUGACCCCACCAGAUGAUUUCAUCAAUUUGACUAACCAAGCCAAUUUGUCGAUCCAUAAUGCACCUCUGGGUUCAUUAAAGAAAUCAAAAUACGAUCAUGGGGAUGCCAAACACUGGAGAUUUGUUCCUGAGAAAUUCGAACAAGAUGACAUCAAGGUUUAA